UGCUUCCUUCCUUCUUCCUUGCGAAACAUUUUCCAAAAAGUUAAUUUACCUCGUACCAGACACACACACACUGUUUUCUUUCUUUUCGUCUCUCCUAACUACUGAGUUUUUUGUUUAUUUGAUUAAUGGAAAUUAGGACUGAUCAUCGCGCAUGGAUUAGCGGAAUACAGUAUGCUAGCUAUGCUUAUAAAUCAUCUGACGGAUGACCGGGAAGUGACUCUACCAAAGGCAGCUCAAAUCGUGAAUGUCCAUGAAGGACUCACAUCCCUUCUUGUCAUUGUGGUUGCACAACUCUCUGACUCCUACUUUGGUCGAUUAAAGUUAAUUCUCUUCACCAAUACUGCUUUUAUUUUUGGAUUGAUGAUGCUAUGGUAUGAGAGCCACCGCCUAAGUAUUAAAGCGUUGUUUGGAGCACUGGCGUUGUUAACUCUUGGUAAAGCUGGGCGAGAUGUCACUUUGAAAGCAUUUCUUGCUGAUCAACUACGGAUAUCUGGAGAGGAACCAAACCUUGAAGAGGAAGAACUUAUAGAGGCACGUCGAAAACUUAUUUGGAGAUUUUGUUGGAUCUUAGGUAUAAUUAUGGCAACUGUAUGGCUCUCAAAUGAAAAGUGGGAGGCACUUGCAAAGAAAUCUACAAUCGCAAUGGCAGCAGGAUUUUUUGUUUUCUUGCCAGGCAUCCCAUUCUAUAAACACGAGGAUACAUUUCCUAGCCCCAUUCUUAACGCUUUCAACGUUGUUAAAGCGGCAGUUUUAAAGGGACAUCUCAAUUACCCAACUUCUCCUGAUCAGUUGUUCAAAAAUUACAGUAAAAGUGCUACAGAGAUUCUUCCUCAUAUUGCAUUCCUCAGGGUAUGUUUUGACCUUUUUGACUUGAAACAACAAAACGAGCUGCAUAUACCAGUAGUGUUCAGAUGGUUAGACAAAGCCGCCAUUUUGGAACCAUCGCCUUCUUGUCCAGUAUCAACGGAACAAGUAGAAUCUGGAAGGCUUUUUGAGGUAGCAAAAGUGAAGGAUGUGAAACGCUUGAUAAGUAUGUUUCCUCUUUGGUCAACAUUUUAUGUAUACAGUCUGGUAGGAGCUACAGCAAACACCUUCUUUUAUGAACAAGCUAACUACAUCAAUGACCAUCUUGGGGAGAUAUCCCGUGUCCCAAUAGUAGUUUUUGUUAUUAUCAUGACCUUCACAAGUUCCAUUACAUCAAUCAUAUGUUCAUGGUUCAAGGACAGAUCAACAAAUGCACGACGUCCUCCACUGAACAGAAUUAGAUUCGGAAUGUUUUUUUCGAUAAUAUGUUGUGCAGUUGCUUGUGGGGUCGAAGUUCACAGGCUUCAUCGUGUGAAGGUCGAGGAUAAUCAAAUUAGUAUUUUUUGGCUAACACCUCAGUUUUUAUUGGUUGGGCUCAUGGAAGGACUUUCUGAGAGUGGACUCCAAGAUUUCUUUGAAACUCAAGUCUGUGAGUCAAUGAAAGAGUAUGGGCCACAAUUCAGUGAAUUCUCCGAUGGCAUUGGUAAAUUCUUUAGUGUCAUUUGUAUCCUCAUUUUCCAUUUCUGGUUUGAUGAAGACGUUGACACAAGUCGAUUGGACAAGUAUUAUGCCAUGUUAACGGUUCCUACCUUCCUUAACUUUGUCUUCUGUUGUAUCGUAAGCAACUGGUAUGCGAAUCAGCCCCAUGGUCAAAGUGAAACCGAUGAUAAUGCUCAAGAAUUACAAGAUGGUGUCGCCGAUGACAAUGCUCAAGAAUUACAAGAUGGUUUCGCCGAUGACAAUGCUCAAGAAUUACAAGAUGGUGUGGCCGAAGACAAUGCUCAAGAAUUACAAGAUGGUGUCGCAAAUGAGAAUUCUGGCUUUGAGGAGAAUUAG